AUGUUUUUUCAGUUUUUCUUGAUACUCAAUCUUACUUUUGCUCAACCGGAUAAAUCCUCAGAAGAUCAAAAAACAUUUCCAAGUCUUUCCUCCCUUGAAGAAACUUUGCCAAAAGAAGAAGAGUCGGGUUUUACAGUUGUUGUAUCAAAGAAAGGAAAACGCAAAACAAAGUCCGAGCAAUCCAAAACUCCAAUUGAAACAAAACCACCCUUUUCACCGAAAACAGAGUCGAAAGAGUCUCAAAUUGUAAGACCCAAAACAACACAACAGCCAGUUAAACACAUCAAAAAACAUAAACCAUCAACUCCUCAACCAACACAACAAGAAGAACAAAUUGUUCGACCAAAAACUCAAUUUGAUGUAAAACCAAAAUUUAGGGAACCUUACAAACCAGUAUUAACAAAUUACGAUAAAAGCCAGUUUCGUGAAAAACAAAAAGAAAAACGGAUUUUACGUGAAGAACUCUUUCCUGAAAUUCAUCAAAGUGAAUCACCAGAAACGAGUCCUAAGAAGGUCGUUACUCCCAUACAAUGGCCAACUUCAAAUUUUUAUAAAUUAAAAGAUUAUCAAAUGUGUAAAUAUUACCAACCAACAUCAAAACGACUUGAACUGCUUGUUUUAGUUGAGUAUUGGCCCGGAGACAAAUGCAGUAAAGAGGUGUGCUCAUUGCCGCUUGGCACACAAAAUGUAAAAGAAAAAUUCUUUCUACAUGGAUUUUGGCCUCAAUAUGAAAACAGUCGAGAUAUGGUCUGUUGUAUUUAUCCAAUAUCAGACAGAGAAAUUGAAAAAAGAAUGUUAGAGAGAGAGGAACUUAAACAAGAGGUUUUAAAUAGUUGGAUGUCAACUACUCGCUGUAGAAAUUUGAUGUAUCAAUGGGACAAACAUGGGACUUGUUCUUCGAGUGUGUAUGGAGGAGAAAAUGGACAUUUUGAUUACAUUCAAACAGCACUGAAUUUGUAUAACAACAUCGAUUUUUGGAAAUUUUUGCAAGAGAGUAAAUUGAAAGUGGAGACUGAGAAGAUGUAUCAAAGAAGUGAAUUAAAAAAAGUUAUAAAAAACAAAUUUGGCGUUGAACCAGUCUUUAAUUGCGUUGAAAGCAAUUCAGUGGAUGAAAUUCGUUUUUGCUGUGAUGCCACUAAAAACAAAUUUAAUCCAACGCUAAGAAAAUGUCCGCCUAAUAUGGAGAGGAAGGAAGGGAGAAAAUGUGACGAUUUUGUACAAUUUAAAAAAUUUCCUGAAUAUCUGCUUGACCCCAAAACUGCAUUUCGGAACAAUUGUGAGUAUUAA